AUGGCACCAACAUUUUCAACCCCACUCAAAAUCACGUCCUUCUCAAUUUUCCUUUUGAUCAUAACCAUCAACAUAGCUAAUGGUCAAGGACCUCAACCAAAUCAACAAACAUCAACCUUGGUGUUCUACCUACAGGAUGGCGGCAAAGGCCCCAACGCAACCGUCGUGCCGGUUAUCGGCAUAAACGGAAAGGAUUGGUCAUACAACUCAUUUGGAACAAUAUUUGUAGUCGAUGACCCUAUUACGAUUAAUCAAAGUCCACUUUCGACUCAAAUAGGUAGGGCGCAAGGUGUGAUUACUGUGGCUUCUCAAGAUGGUACAAAUGUGAACAUAGUUUUGUCAAUUGUGUUCAACAAUGUACAAUAUAGUGGUAGCACUUUGGAGAUACAAGGUACAAGUCGUCAACGUGAAAAUUUAAGAGAGCUCUCUGUUCUUUCUGGAACAGGACGAUUUCGAUUUGCAAAGGGUUAUGUUGUGUUUGAAACUGUAUCUUAUGAUGCUCAAAAUAAUCAGUCUAUUAUUCGCUUGAGUGUAACUUUGGCAAUACCUUAA